AUGAGCUUCGGUAAUGCAAGUUUAUGUGACGAAGUUGACAAAAAGCUUAUAGUCGUAUUAAGAGAUGGUAAAAAGUUUAUAGGUGUAAUGAGAACCUUUGAUCAAUUUGCCAAUAUAAUUUUACAAGAUACAAUCGAAAGAAUAUAUGUAGGAGAUAAAUAUAGUGAUAAACAUUUAGGUGUAUUUUUUAUUAGAGGUGAUACAGUUGUUAUACUUGGUGAAAUUGAUCCAGAUAAAGAAGUAAAAGAGAAAAAGUUGACAAAAGUAUCAUGGGAAGAAAUAAAUUUAGCACAACAAGCAGAAAGAGAAAAACUACAGCAAAUGGAGCAAACAAAGAGAAGAAUUAUGACUGAGAGUGGUUUAACUAUUGAUUCAAUCCUGAAUCUAGACGAUUUUUAA